AUGGCACGAAGAAUAUGUAGAAAGACCGAAGGCAUUUCUACUCUGCCUUGUCUGAUUUUCGGGAAUCCUAGAGUGACCACGUCACUGAUCCCAAUGUGGUCGAUUGCAUAUGAUUUCGUUCUUUGGAUCUAUUAUCUCGAACGUGGAGUAGUUGUUACACGCUCGCCUUGCAUGUCUGAUGUCCGGGGUUCAAAUUCCGGCACAGCCAUUGGAUAUGCACUUCUGAUGAGCUCUGAUAAGAGCGAAACUCAAGUCCGGUGCUUUCUUUUGGUGUGA